AUGGCUACUGCAACUAGCAAGGACGACGAGCCCUGCGCUUUCGCAAAGCUGUGGGGCCAGCUGGACGGCGCGCCGUUCCACACAUAUGUUACCCAGCUCCCAUCAACCCUGGGCCGCGGAUCUCAGGCAACAGAGGGAGCGCGCAAGAGCGCGGGGUUCAUCGACCUGGGUCGCUCGAAGGCUCUGUCGAGAGAGCACGCCGUCAUCACCUGGGUACCGUCGCAGAAGUCGUACCAGAUCAAGUGCAUGAGCAAGAACGGCAUGGUGGUCGCCGGGAGCUACCACGCGAAGGGCGGUGUCGAGAAACUCGAGUCGCGCGCUCCGAUCAAGCUCGGGCCAGCGUCGAUGUACUUUCUGCUGCCGGAGAGAGAGGCGCAGAAGCCAGCACCGGCGCCAGCCACAGCUGUCGCGGCCCCGCGAGUGACCCCACCCCCUGCUGCAUCGGCCCCACAGGCGAAGCCCCUCGAGAGCCGGCCAGCUCCCCCGUCAUCACAAGGGCUGCCACCAGAAAACAGCGCACCGGCUGCUGUGGUGGCCCCUUCGGCGACGACGGUAGCGGCGGCGGCGCCAGCUCCGGCGCCGGUUUCGUUCGGCGACAUGAUUUCCCAGGCGUUCAGGAGUCGGGAGCUUUCGGCGGUUGCGGCGGCGUCGGGGGGGCUCUCUAGCGGAGACGUGCAAAACUGGAUCAUGCAAGCGUACCCGGAGUGGAACAAGGAGGGCCCCAGAAUGAAAGCUCUGGCCGUGGGGAUCGAGGAGGCCUUGAACGAGAGCUUCGUGUCGAGAGGGGGAGACCGAUGGGCAGAGGACUCGAGCGUCAAAAGAGUAAAGCUCAACAAUGGAACACCGACGCCAGCCGUGGCGGCCGCGAUCACGGCAGCAACGGCGGCGGCAGCAGCAACGGGGUCACUCGCAUCGCCUAGAGAACCCGCCCCCGCCGCCGCGUCCGUUGCGCCCGUGGGGGCGGCGCAGACAGAGGGCCGUAUCGACGUCUCUGGGAUGACUGGUUGAAUGCUCUGGUGCCGGGUGACCUGACCCGACCAGUCUAACUUUAUUAUUUUUGUCGUGACGUUUUUUAGCUGUUCCGGGGCAGGGGCGGGGUUGACUGAUGUGUCGUCCUCCUCGCACCCGUGGAUACAUACACCCCUUUUUAGUUGUUUUCCCGUUGACUACCGGAAAAAACAUGUACAUUUGUCGGAGUGUACAGGGUAGCGGCCACGUUGUUAACGCACGGGUUAGGCGCAGAGAGAGGGUUCGGUAGGACCGCGGCGUGAAGGCGGGCGGAACCGUCCCUGUACGGGCUCGGGCUAGAAAGGCGCUCGCCUGGCAGUGUCGGUAGGGAUGGAAACGGAGUAAUAUUAUAGUAGUUGUCGUUCGUGGUGGAGGAGGAGGUUGUGGCUGUUUCUUUGGCGCGGUUUUGCGUAGUCUUGUGGUGUUGUUGUGUGGAUACGAUGACAUUUGUACGAUGAUAUAUGUAGAGUACUACUGAUAAACGUAUGAGGGUGAUGUUGGAUUUUUUUUUUUCU